UUCAACUAUUUAGUCCUUCGUCAUUUUCAGAGCAGCGGCGGCUAAGCGGAGAAACUUGCAUCGGUGAACUGAAUAAGAUGGCUUGGACGGCCAAAUUUCUGGUUCCUUUUAGACAAUCAUUUUCUCAAUCCCGGCAUUUAUUUAAUGAAAAAAUUAGACCUUUGAAAACAUGGGUUCAUAUUUUUGAACCUAAACUGCAAAGCAGAGCCUCGAAGUUUGAAUAUAUGCUAAAUAUACAGAGAAAAUAUGUUCAAGAUUGCUGCUUCUCAGGAAGUAGACAUAUGAGAAGCAUUUUUGGUGCAUCAGUCAUGCUUGGAGCCGUCUACUGUUGGUCUCAUAUUUCACAUGCCAUGGAUGGUCUUGAUAUUUUUGCGGACGACAAUCAUUUAGAGUCAUUUGAUGCUUCAGAAGGCGAAGAUGAUCGACACAAACUCUGGUUGUUAAUGAGGAAACUAUGGCUGCCCCUUUUUUUCGUAUUUACUGUCUUGGUCAACUGGGAUAAUCCCUUUGCAGUUAUAACUAGGAUCCUUCUUUUCCAUCUCAGCACCAAACCGAGCCCUUCAUCAAUCUAUCUUUUUGUUGAAAAGUUAUGUCAUGGAUAUAUGCGCCAAAAACCUCAUUUCUACAAAUGUAAGGCACUGCAUGCCAGCAAAGUAGAAGUCCAGGAUUACAAGCUUUUUUGCCUUGCUAUUGUCGAAAUUGGGGACAAGAAGAUACGUUUGAUCGGAAUUCUUGGCGGUUGGUGGUCAUUGCCAUCAUCACUGGGUCUCCAUUUCCUUGCUCCGGAGCAGUCCUCUAGUUCAUCACUAUGAUAACAAGGUAAACUUAGCUUCAAAUGCAAGUAGCUACCGUUAGGGGUGCAUUCAAGUUAGCCAAGCUCAAAGUGGAAGAAGCUUGAUCUCAGCUCCAAAUUUAAGGCUCGAAGCUCGUUUCGAGCUUCAGUUUAAAAGCUCAACUUCGAUGCAAGAUAAAGGUUGAAAUGUUUGAGCUUAGGCUUGAUUAUCGUGCUUUAAAUUGAACAUUUUCAAUACAAAAUAAGAAUACUAAAAACAAAAGAGCUCGGUUAAGCUUGAUAGUUAAGUAUUAAGAUAAUCAAAUUUAGCUUGCUUCACAACUUAGGCUACUUGAGUUCGACUUGAUAAUGAUUGAGCCUAGUUCAAAGAAGUUUUUAGCCGAACUCAAAUAACUUGUGAGUACAAGUAUCUUGUUUAUACGCUUAGUGGCUAGUUAAUGUAAAAUUUGUAAUGUUUAGCUUCAAUUCAAGCACUGCUGUUUUCUGAAA